CUCCGCCUCCAGGUUCACGCUCGGAGAAAGAUGGCGGAGCGGGGCUGUGGAGGCUUCACGGGCCGAGCUGCGGGCAGCUUGUAACGCCAAACCGGGGUCGCGGUGACCGGGGAAGGGGCCUGUCGAGCCGGGGGAAGUGUGCCUGACGGAGCCGGGCCGCGGUGCCCUCUGACCGGCCUGCUGCUCGGGCUUCACCCGGGAGAAGGAGGCGAGCUCCCGGAGAGGAGCCACAAAAACAAGGGGACAUGAACGGGGAAGUGGUGUGUCAGAGCCGCUCCGUCACCGUGCUGAGCUGCCCCAAGCCGCCGCCGCCGCCCACCGCCCACGACGACAAGCCCGCCGUGCGGCCGGCGCAGGACGGGCGGCGCUCCCCGAUGAGCUCGCCGCAGGGCGACGCCCCCAGGGCGGGGGAGGGCAGGACGCCCAACGCCGCCCUCACCGCGCCGAGGGACGAGCGUCCGUCGCCUCCGCGGCUCCCGGCCUGCCUCCCCGCCCCCCCGGAGCUGCCCCUCCCCCUCGGGAACACGCCGCUGCACAACAACCAGAACGGGCCGCAGAGGAGAACCCGGGUCGUCGGGAAGAAGCCCGCUCGCAGAACGGCGGCGGCGAAAAACUCCCAAAACCGGAAAGUGACCGACUUCUAUCCGAUCCGGCGGAGCUCCAGGAAGAGCAAGACGGAGCUCAGGUGCGAGCAGAAGAAGCGCCUGGACGACCUGAUCACCACCGGGCUGGAGGAAGGGAUGGAGGUGCAGCACAUCGAGGGCAAAGGCCGCGCCGUGUUCGCCACGCGCUGCUUCCAGAAGGGCGACUUCGUGGUGGAGUACCACGGAGACCUGCUGCAGAUCAACGACGCCAAGAAGCGGGAGGCGGAGUACGCCCAGAACCCCGCCACCGGCUGCUACAUGUACUACUUCCAGUACCUCUGCAAGACCUACUGCGUGGACGCCACGAGGGAGAGCGGCCGCAUGGGCCGCCUCAUCAACCACAGCAAGGCGGGGAACUGCCAGACCAAGCUGCACGACAUCAACGGCGUGCCGCACCUCAUCCUGGUGGCGUCGCGCGACAUCGACCGCGGCGAGGAGCUGCUGUACGACUACGGCGACCGCAGCAAGGCGUCCAUCGCCGCCCACCCCUGGCUCAAGCACUGACGGCGGCGUCCGGGGGCAACGCCCACAAACAAACAAACAAAAGGGAACCUUCCGGUAACGCUCCCCGUUAGCUAGCGUACAAAAUGCCUUAGAAACAGAAUGUGGGUCUGGAGGCGGGGCGGGCGGGGCAGGGGGCGGGGCUUAUGGGUUACGAUACGACCGGUCCGUCAGACGACAUCUGUACUUUUUAUUUAUACGUUUGUGGAACAUCCUGGUUGUUUUGCAGCACAUUUCUUUUGUACGUUUUGUAUUCCGAUCGCGGCGGCGGCGGCGGCGUUGAGGGCGCCACGGCGGCCGCUGCUCGCAGCAGCUGGUAGUUUGACGCUCUGCAUUUUUAUACUCCUUUUUUUAAAUCAGCCGUGAGAAACUCAGCAAUACGUCUCCUUCUGGCCGGACGAGCAGGAAGUAUGAAAUGCGAAUUCCAGACUCUGGUUUGUUUGUUUUUUGUUUUUGUUUUUUUAAUGACGGUUUCACUCCGUCCAUCAAAACCGGAACGGAUCCGUGUGCUCGUUCUCCACGCUCCGGGGUCAGCCGGGUUCCUCCGGUGUGCUGGAGAGAAAUAAAACCUUUUAAAGAACGUCUGAAACUCUUCCAGAAGUCACUCCGGAUUUCACUUCUCAUCAUUUUAAUCAUUAAAGCAGGGUUCUCCUGUUCCAGUUAGAACAGCUGUGGAACCCUCGCGUGUUUCUGACAAGUUCUAAAACUGUAGCUUGUUCAAGAAAAUCUGAUUUGUCACAUAUCUACAACGUUCUCAAAUUCUAGAAUCUCAAAGAUUCUGUAUUCGAUAGAAGUCCUAGAACCUUCAGACAUUCUGUAUUUCUUACAAACGUUCGAGAACGGUUGCACACUCUUGAUCUUCUACAGAUUCUGGGCUUCUUGCACCAUCCAGAUCUCUGACAGAUUCUAGAACAUUCACAGACGCUGGAACCCUCAAACGUUCUGGAUCUCUGGGAGACCCUGGAACGUUCAUACGGUCUAGAACCGUUGCCAGUUCCAUCACUGUCACGUGUUCCUUCGGAAUCCUGAAACUAGCAUGUUCAGGAAAGCUGACUUUUGUCUUACAUCUAGAACGUUCCCAAAUUCUGGACUCGCAAAUAUUCUGAAAAGAAGUCCGAGAACUUUCAGAAAUCCGACAACUCUCAAGCAACUGGAUCGAAAUCUGUCACAUGGAGAACUCUCAAAACAGUAUGGAUCUCUGGCAUGUUCUAGAACCUUCCCACAUUCUAGAACCCUCAGUCGUUCUGCAUCUCUUACAUAUAUUCUCCAACUGAUGCACGGUCUUGAUCUUCUCCACGGUCCAGUAUUCUGGAACAGUCUGGCUUUCUGACAGAAUCCAGAACCGGAAGGUUCCGUCUCAGUGUUCUCUCGUGUUCUAUGACUCCGUAACUCUUCCAGGUGAGUUUAGAAGAAACAAAAACUUUGUCUGAUCAAACGUUGAAGAGAACGUUUCCGUUUUCUGUUCUCGUUCUGCGUCGCCGCAUCCUGUAAAUAUAUUUAUUCAUUUUACUUUUGCGGAUCAGAAAACAUUUCUAGGCUUUUAUUUUGCGGAGUUCCACGGUAACAGGAAACAUUUAACAUUCGGCGAAGUCGCAACUUCUCCUGGAAGACGGACUUUUUUGAAAUCGUACAUAACAGGAAUUAAAACUGAACAUUUUAAAAUCCAACUUCAUUCUGUUUUUAAAGAUUAUUUUAGGUGCUUUGAUAAAUAUGUUUAUUAAAAAAAAGAAUCAGACCUUUAGAAUAUUUAUGGUUUUCUAUAAACCUGUAAAAAACAAACGCUUAUUUCCAGGAAAUACAUUUAAAUUUCCGUGUUAUGUUAUUGGCUGCAGUUAAUACGUUUUAUGGUUUUAACCUAAACAUAUUUAAAUCAACAAAGGUACCAGAAAAAGUCUUUUAGUGUGAAAGGUCUUGAAUAUUUAACAUAGUCACAUUUAUCGAGUACAGAAUUAUGGUACGGACGUGAAAGCAAACAUGAAAAAGUAACUUAUUAUAACACUGAAACGGUGAAAGUAGUCUGCAGUCCUGUGAUACGGCGUCGCACCACCAGGUGGCGCAGCGAGUCGGUGGAAGAACAACAAAAGCAGAAGAUUUAGAAAAGAAAAGCAACAGCUUGACGAUUGACAGGAAGCCACUCACUGCUGCCACCUGCUGUUUAACAGUGGAAUUACCUUUUAAUUUAAAUUGAUAGUUUUUAACCCGUCACUGUUUAAAGUCUAAAUUAUAUUGAAGUGUUGAAGUUGUUUCCUGUUACUGUGGUUCGGGUGUCAGUCUGGUCAAACUCGGCAAAACUAGGAAAAAUCAUUUCUUUGAACAUCUGCGACAACAUGAAACAUUUUGAUCAACGACAUCUGAGGAAGAAUCGGGACGUAGCCGACGCUAACUGGCUAGCCUCCACCAGGAGGUGCAGGGAUUUACUACACCAGGAGCGUCGGGUUCUGAAUCACGGAACAAAAACAAUGAGCCGAGGAACGCUGGCUCACUGCCGCCACCCAGGAGUGGUAUUUCUGAAUUCCUGCGUACCGAUCCUUCAAAAUUUGACCUUUCUGACCUGAGGUUUGGUGAACUUUCGCACUUGUCUCUGCUUGAUUUCACUCCAUUGAUUAAUCGGUUGUGUUUCCAACCAGCUGUUUAGCAGAAGCUAACGGCUAGCAGGCCUCUUGUUGACAGAUGUUUCCUAUCAACGUCGGGAUUUUCCAGAAGGUUGGGCUCAUGUUUUUUUCAGGAUUUCUUCUCUUUUUUUUUUUUUAAUGGAUGUUUUUAUGGAUGUUUCUCUAAAUAAUUCCUGCGGGAUCCCUCUACCUUUACCUGUCCAGCACAGAGCCGAGUGAUCGACUGAAUCCUCUUUCAAAGGUCAUAUUUUUCUUAAGAUGGCAAACCAAAGGAAAGGCUAACGGUCAGUUCUGGACUCUUUCCAGGUUAGUUUUAUGUGUGCUGAUAAAGACGAAUUAAAGAAAAAUGACACUAAUUAACGUUUUUAUUCCUAGAUUUGAUCGUAUCUGAUAUGAAAUAGAGGAAAUGAUUAUUUUACUGUAUAAAGUGAGGUCAAGCUUACCAGGAAAUGUGUAUUUUCGGCUGUUUAUUAGUUUUUAAUAACGACACCGUCUUAAAGGAACAGUGCAACAUUUUGGGAAAUGUUCUCCAAAGCUACAGUCGCAUAGCACUUAGCUUAGCAUAAAAACUGGAAACAAAGGGAAGUGGUUAGCUUGGUUCUGUUGUCGAGUAACAACUAAAAAAGUUAAAUUCCUCAAGUUUCAAACCUAGCUUAGCAUUGAAAAUGAAAACGGCUAAAUAGCUUAUUGUCUCAAGAUGUUGAUGAUAAACUCUUUUGUACAGUAAACACGAAAUCUAAAGAAGUCACAGAGCAGUUAGCCUAGCUUAGCAUAACGGGAAACAAACUGCUAACCGUUUAUUAAAUCUGAAUGUGUAAUUCCAAACGCUUAGCCUAGCUUAGCAUAAAGUCGAGAAACAAAGGAAAACACUGCCUGGUUCUGCAGAAAAAUUGAAAUUCAUCAGAAAAUCAUUCUGGUUUGUUUGAGAAACUUGAACAGAUCAUCAUAAACCAGUUAGCCUAGCUUAGCAUAUAAAAGUACAGCAAAGCUCGUUUAACUUGAUAGUAUUAAACAACUAUAGCUAAAUAUUACAGUAUUUAUGCUACUUAGCUUUUGGAAAUUGCUAGUUUUGGCAUUAGGGUGAAAUAGAGCUAUAAGAGGAAAUAAUUUUAAAGCUGUGUCAGACUGUUGUUAUUUACAAGCAGGCAUGAAAACAACUUAAUCUGUCUAAUUGGCUUAACUGACCUUUUUAUAUAGAAUUAUCCAAACUGAAUUAAAAAAACUGCAACUGUUCGAAGUAUAUUUGAGCUGAAUCAAGGUCGCAUUGUGUUUUUAGCUAAUAGUAUGAUUGUUACUGGUACUUUCUCACAGCUAAUUUACUCCCAGGUGUGUCUAAUUAGCGAUUAUUUAAUCUUUAUGACAUUAAUUAAAAUCAAUAUCAGAGGCAUUUGAAUAAAAAUUCACUUAAAGCACGAACAGUAGAGUUUUCAUUUAUGCUAGCUGACCAUUAGCGCAUUAGCUUUCAGGUUUUCCUGCCUGUCGGAACAUUUGUAAAAUUUCAGAAAUCAAACAUGAGGGAAACUGGAAAAUGCUAAUUAUCUUAGAGAUAUUCACCUUCUAAAAAAAAUGGUAGUUUGUUUACAAUAAGAAUCUGAAUUUAUUAUAGAUUAAUUAUUUAGGCUAGGCUAACAAUUUCCCUUCAGUGCUCGUCUUUAUGCUAAAUUCCUAGCGACUAUUGUUAUUAAUGAGUUCUUUGAGAAAAGCAGAUUGUUUUCCCAAAUGUUCAACUGUCUUGUAAACCCUUUAAUUAUGAUAUGCUUUUUUUUUCUCAGCAGCUUUUAUUGGAAUGAAAACAGUUAGCUUAACCUGGCUAGCUCAUCAUCGCGGUUAAAGGAAGUCAUUUAUUUCCGAGCUAAUAUUUGGGAUUUUUUUUUUUUUGUAUUAUUCCAUUUCAGUUUUAUUGAAAUAAAGCAUAAAAGAUCAGUGUUGAUAUGGAGACAAGUGAUAAAUGUGUGUGUGUGUGUAGUAGACUUAAACACACCGAGGCUAACGGGUGAAGACGCGCAGGACCGCCGUCCUCGGCGCCCGUUAGCCGUAGCAUCGUGUCGUUCCAUGUUUCUACGAGCCUUUCUUAACAAUGUGUUCCAGAAAACUUUUUUUUUUAGAGUGGAAAUAAUGCAAUAAAUCCCCACCGGGGGGCAGAACUGAGCUACCGGUCGGCCACUUUAGGACACGAUAGAUCUCUGCUGUUUGUAGCCUCCAAUAAAUCUUAAUGCUGGGGUUUAGGCAUCGACGAAUAAAGAUGUGAUAUGCAAACGA